CGGAGAGGAGUCGACUCGCCACCCGCCGCCGCCAGUGAGGCCCGCCCACCCGUUCGCCUGGCCGCCUGCCCAGUUCACCAUGCAGCCUGCUUCUGCAAAGUGGUACGAUCGAAGGGACUAUGUAUUCAUUGAAUUUUGUGUUGAAGACAGUAAAGAUGUUAAUGUAAAUUUUGAAAAAUCCAAACUUACUUUCAGUUGUCUUGGAGGAAGUGAUAAUUUUAAGCAUUUAAAUGAAAUUGAUCUUUUUCACUGUAUUGAUCCAAAUGACUCCAAGCAUAAAAGAACGGACAGAUCAAUUUUAUGUUGUUUGCGGAAAGGAGAAUCUGGCCAAUCGUAGCCUAGGUUAACAAAGGAGAGGGCAAAGCUUAACUGGCUUAGUGUGGACUUCAAUAAUUGGAAAGACUGGGAGGAUGAUUCAGAUGAAGACAUGUCCAAUUUUGACCGUUUUUCUGAGAUGAUGGAUCACAUGGGUGGCGAUGAGGAUGUAGAUUUACCAGAAGUAGAUGGAGCAGAUGAUGAUUCACAAGACAGUGAUGAUGAAAAAAUGCCAGAUCUGGAGUAAGGAAUGUUGUCAUCGCCUGGAUUUUGAGAAAGAAAAAUAACUUCUGCAAGAUUUCAUAAUUGAGAAAAUUCCUGAGUUCAUAGCUCUAAAGGCAGAUGCUGUAUUUGCCCCCUUUAACCCAUUUUUCAACCUGUUUUUUUUUAAUUUUUUUAAAGGCUUCACUAAGGGUUGAUAAUGUACCAUUGUAUGGGGCAAUUUAAGUCAGGUAAGGCAAUAUCCUUAUGCAUGAACAUUUCCCAGGAUUCCAUGAAGCAGUUGAGAUCCUAGGCAACUGAUACAACAGCUCUGAUGAAUAAACACAUUUCACCUAAGUCUUCUUUCUUUAUAACACAGCUACUUACUUACAUGUUAGGAAGCUCUCAGCUUAGGGAAAGGUCCCUAGUUUAGAUCCCAGACCAUGAACUUGAAGGGGGCGGAAACAAAUUGGCUGAUUCUUAAACUGAUACCCUGCCAUUCUUUCAGUGUACCUUUCAGAAUUAUUCCACUAAAGUUUAUUUUUCAAAAAAUGUACUUUACAUUAUUGUAUGUGAUCACUUGUCAGUGUUCUGGUGUAUUUUAGCUAAAACUAGCGAAUGCCCUAACCUAGAUGGUUUUUUGAAGCCUAUACAUUUGGUAUUAUUUGGCCCUUAAGCUCUUAACAUCUCUUAGCAUGGAGGACGAAGAAAGAAAGCUGUACAUUGUUGCUUGAGAGUCUGUACAUUUUAGACCAGAUUUGUAUUUGCACUGUCAGUAUGGCAAAUGAGUGGAAAAUGUUAAUACACUAUUGGAUUUUUUUAUUUCCUGUUUUGAUUUCAGCUUAUGCCCUGGCUGGAAAACCUCAAUUUAUGUUCAUGACAGUGGGGAUUUUUUUAAAUGUCUACAUUCUUUCUAAUAAACUGUUGGACGAUUAAAA